GAAAGGUGGCAUGGCUGAGCUCGCCAGCGGCUGGCUUCCAGCUCCAGACGGGACUCGCAGGUCUGGACCCGAGAGCGGCAUGGCCCUGCCGCGGGACGGCUGUAUGCCGUGGUCGGUGCUGACACCGCCGCCCCUGCCUUCGUCGUCGCCUCUCGCGCCCGGGUCAGAGGCUGCCUCCGAAGCGCGGCCCAUGGUGACCCCAUCUCUGUCCGGGGCGCCGCCCCCCUUCGACGCGCAGAUUCUUCCAGGAGCGCAACCACCCUUCGAUGCCCAGUCCCCCUGUGAUUCUCAGCCUCAGUUCAACGGCGUGUCACCCUGGAGUUUCCAAGCUGCGACCUCAUGGUGUUGGGGACAGUCUCCGGAGGGUUUUCCUCGGCACCAGAACCCCCAUAACCCUCUGGGUAAACAUUCAUAUUUUCCUCAAAAACAUGAUGUAAAGUUCUCUGACUUCAACAUGCCUCCCAACAGAAAACAGAAAAAAAAGAAAAGGAAGGAGCCAGUUUUUCACUUUUUUUGUGAUACCUGUGAUCGUGGUUUUAAAAAUCAAGAGAAGUAUGACACACACAUGUCUGAACACACAAAAUGUCCAGAAGCAGAUUGUUCUUUCAGUGCUCAUGAGAAGAUUGUCCAGUUCCACUGGAAAAAUAUGCAUGCUCCUGGGAUGAAGAAGAUCAAGCUGGACACCCCUGAGGAGAUUGCAAGGUGGAGGGAGGAGAGAAGGAGAAACUAUCCAACUUUAGCCAAUAUUGAAAGGAAAAAAAAGCUGAAACUUGAAAAGGAAAAGAGAGGAGCAGUAUUGACAACAACACAGUAUGGCAAGAUGAAGGGGAUGGCAAGGCAUUCACAGAUGUCAAAACUCAGAAGUCCUGGCAGACAUCACAGGUGGAAGAGUGACAAUGCCCAGCAGCCAGUGACUGCAGCAGGCAGUCAUGCAUGCGACUCGAAGCCUAAAGACCCACUUGAGACAAAUAUAGAUCCUCUUGGUGUCUUGGCCAACAGUGAUUCUGAGUCUGAAAAGGAGGAGAAACCACAGCAGACUGUCAUACCCAAGGAAGUCACCCCAGCCUUAUGCUCUCUCAUGAGCAGCUAUGGCAAUCUGUCUGGAUCGGAGAGUGAGCCAGAAGAAACUCCCAUCAAGACCGAAACAGACAUGCUGGCAGAAAACCAGGUUCUUCCUAGCAGUACUCCUCAGAGUCCAAGGCAAGAUGUUAAAGCAACUGUCAGAAGUCCCUCAGCAGCCAAAUGUGAGAACCAAAAGAAAAGUUUUACAAAGACGAAUUCUAACAGGAAAAAAAAUUACAAUUUUCAUUCAUUAUUUGAACCGAGAACACGCCAUCCAUAUCUCCUGGAAAUGCUUCUUGCUCCAGACAUUCGACAUGAAAGAAAUGUGAUCUUGCAGUGUGUUCGGUAUAUCAUCAAAAACAACUUCUUUGGACUUGAUACUAAUUCUGAUAAAACUCAAGAUGUGUGAUGUUUCCACACAGAUAACUGAAGCGUGUAAAAUGGCAUCAGCCUUAAGUUAGUGGGAACAAACCAAAAACCCCUUCUUCCCCAAAACUAGAUUAGGAAUUAAAUUGUAAGCCCAAAAGACAUUAUGUUGGAUUUUCAAGUAUUUCCUUUGUGUCUAUGCAAAUAAAUGUACAGCUGAUUUUUUA